UGCUUGGAAGAUGUUGGUUAUGAAUAUUAUAACGAACUAGUUUGGAGAUCUUUUUUCCAAGAAGAAGAAAAAGAUGAGUUUGGUAUAAUAAAAAGCUGUAAAAUGCAUGAUCUCAUGAAUGAACUUGCUGUUAAAGUGGCAGGGAAGGGAAGCACAAUAAUAGAUCGCAAUAAGACUGAUUUUGAUGCAAAACGUCUUCUUCAUGUAUCUUUUGAUUUUGAUGUUGAUUCGUCGAAAUGGAAAAUACCAACAUCCUUGCUGGAAUCAAAUAAGCUAAGGACUUUCCUUUUCCUGAGCCAAAACUGGGAGUGGUGGCUGAAGUCAUUCCAUAAGUCAUUUUGUGCUACAAUUGCUUCAAAUUUUAAGUCAUUGCGUAUGUUGAGUUUGAAUGGAUUGAAUAUUACAACAUUACCAAAAUGUCUUAGGAAAAUGAAACAUUUAAGAUAUCUUGAUCUUAAUGAUAACCAAAAAAUGGAGAGACUUCCAAAUUGGAUAGUCAAACUUCAAAAUUUGGAAACACUAGAUCUCUCAGGAUGUGGCUCUCUUAUGGAAUUGCCUAGAGAUAUCAAGAAAUUGAUCAACUUGAGACAUCUCAUUUUGAAAAGAUGUCAUAAAUUGGCUCGGAUUCCUGGUGGAUUGGGUGAAUUGACUCGUCUUCGUACUUUGAGUAGAUUUGUUUUGAGCAAAAGCAAUUCCAAGUUGAGGGACAGUGCAGGGCUCAGUGAGUUGGGGAAGCUGAAGGAUUUAAGAGGAGAGUUGGAGAUCAGAAAUUUGAGGUACAAGAAAGAUAUGGUGUCAGAAUUGAAUUAUGAUGGUGCAGUUUUGAAGGAGAAACGACAUCUCUAUUCGUUGACUUUACAUUGGAUGCUCAUCGAAAGAGAAAAUAGUGCUGCGGUUGAGGAGGAGAGUGAUGUAAUUAUUAACUCAAUGGAAGCGCUGCAGCCCCAUUCAAGUCUAAAACAGUUAACCGUGGAGUACUAUAUGGGUGCGAGGGUUGCGAGUUGGUUUCUCUCUCUCUCAAAUAUUGUUAAUCUCAAAUUGUUUGGCUGUGUUAGAUGCCAACAUCUUCCACCGUUGGAUCAUUUACCUCUUCUUAAGAGUCUAGAGCUUUUAAGUUUAACGAAUUUGGAGUACAUAUCAGCAGAAGACAAGGUUAAGGACUUUGCGAGUGAUGAGAUGAUGAUGAUGUCAGCUGCUUCUCCAUCGAUGACCUUCUUUCCCUCCUUGGAUAGUCUUCGUCUAAGUCAUUGCCCUAAUCUCAAGGGAUGGUGGAGGAAUGAAACAGCUUCAGCUUCAGCUUCUUCAUUUCCUUGUCUUUCUACUUUAAUUAUAGGUGAUUGUCCUAACCUAACUUCCAUGCCGUUGUACCCAAAUCUUGAUAAACUGCUGUUAGAGAGAAGCAGCUGGAAGGUCCUUCCCUCCUCCUCUGUUCUCUCCAAAUUAAAAUAUCUGGAGAUUUGCAGCGUUGGGGAUAUAGAAUACGUGCCAGAAGAUAUUGGCAACCUCACAUUACUUGAGGAGCUUGAAAUUAAAGAUUGCCCUAAUUUGGUAUCACUACCAGAUCAAGGGAUG